AUGUCAUCAGUAACUAGCAAUACUUCCACAAGUACCUCUACCAACGCUACUAAUAGUAGAGAAUCAUCAAGAAUCAUAAAGGCCAAGAAUUUGAGUCAACAUGAAGCCUUGUUAGAAACAGAAGAACAUUAUGAAACCUUCUUGGAUGCUAGCAAGGACAGUAAAUUGCACUCAGAUAAAGUAUGGAUAAAGCCUGACCCAAGCAUUUUCAAGUCGGAAAAUGUAAAGAAUCUUGUUGAACAAUUCCAACAACAGCAUCAAUCGUCAGAUGACGAAUAUUCAUUAACUCUCCAAUUAUUCCCUGAUACCACCACCUGUCCUAAUUCUCAUGAUGAUUUAGUCUUGUCAGCUGUUAUUCACACUCUCCAAGAAUUGAAAAGAUCCCACGUUGACCUUUUACUCAUCAAAGUUUCCAAUUCAAAGCAUUUGUUGAAAUAUUGGGCCGAUAUGGAAUUACUUGUUGAAAAUAACCUUGUCAAACAAAUUGGUAUUUGUGAUAUUGAAGUUAAUGAUCUCGAGCACUUGGUAUCACAAGUUAAAAUUAUGCCAAAUGUUGUUCAAGUCAACCUUGCCUCCUAUGAAUCCAUUGAAUCUAUUAGUGAAUUAUCACAAUAUUGUACAGGACAUUCAAUUAAGGUUUUAACUGGUUCCAGAGGCUCAUUCUCUGAUUUUGCAAAUGCUGGCGCUAAAGCCGCAGGUUCAAAAGAUAUUCAAUUGAAUUGGGUUGUCAGAUAUUCCCUCCUCUCUAGACCAACAUCAGUAGUCUCAGAUAUGGGAUUCCUGGUCAAAUUGGAUGGAACUGAAAAAUGUACAUGCAUUUCAAAUCAAGACCAAAAUUCUCUGUAA